AAUGAAUUAAGACGGAUUCGAAAACUUUGAUGAAGGUACUAAUUCUAAAUUAACAUUUAUAGACAUAAUAAGCAGUAGACCCUUAGAUCAUUUUCAUUAACAGAAUCAAACGCCUACAUUAAAGAAUUUCAAUUUUCUUGUUGUUUAAAAAAUGAAUGUUGAGGGACCUAGCAUAAUGCAAAAAUACAUCGUUGAGCCACUUUAACAGGCUGGUUAGACAGCAGUUGAAGUAGAAUUCACAUAAUAAACCAUAGGGCACAAAAAAUGCUCUCUUUCAACUCCCGAAAUGGUUUAAAUGGGGAGCGUCUGAAUUAAUCAAUAAAUUAUCAUCUUCUUUCCACAGAGCUCCAGAGGAAAAACAACCAGAACCACAGCAGAAUUAAGUAUAACCUGAAAACCCACCUCCCGAAGAUAAUAUUGAUGAUAUUCCUGUUGUAUUUGUUGUUCCAAAGGAAAUUUUGGAAGGACCGAUCGCUGAUAGAUUGAGAUGGAUCGAUAAACACAGGGAUAACUGCGAAGUCUUCAUUCCUCUAGAAAAACCAUUAAAGUACCAACUCUUUUUAAAUCAAGAUUGAACAAUUUCAAUGGAAUUCGCAGUUCCUCCUCUUCCUCCAGUAGUCCUGACGAUUGUGAUUUCGAAGUUAGAAAAAUUUCAUAAGAAUUCAAAUCUUAAUACACUACCUCUGAAUUGUUCCCAUCCACUUAAAGUAUGAAGUCAAAGUUGAUGGAAUCAAACAAGAAAUUCAUCAUGUCCUAAGAAGAUUAUAGGCUUAUAACUUAAUAGAAUACUGAAAAUUAAAAUUAAGUCGAACCUUAAAAUAUUUUACUUUAUCCAUUUUUAGGAGAUUUGAUCCCAAAAGAAUAGGUUUUAGAACAAAUUAAAAAGUACUAAUUUUAACAAUCAUCUUUUACUAUGAUUUAACCAGAUAUGUAAUAGAUAUAAACUGAAUAAAUUCCUUAAUAGGAUCAAUUUAAUUAAAAUACUCAAAACUAAUUUGUCCCUCUCUAAUUGAAUGGAUAACCAUUUGAAAUUACUUAACAGCAAUAAUAGCAAUAGUAAUAAUAACAAUAAUAAUUAUAAUAACAAUAAAAAAAAUAAUAAUAUAUAUAAAUAGAAGAAUAAGAUUAAGAAUAACAAUUAGAAGUUAUGUUAGAAGGUUGA